CAAAAUAUUGUUAAUGAUGGAAUGACAGAGUUAUUUAUCUGACAUUUUAUAGCCCAAAUAAAAUAAUAUGAAACAAAAAAUACAUGCGCAAUAAAAUAAGACUUCAAAGAGAUCAUUUGAUAUUUCUUAGCAACUGGAAGUGUUGUUUAUUGAAUACAUUGGAAUCUUAAGAGACCAGUAUGGGAGUGCAUGGGCUAUGGCAGCUGCUCAACUCCACUGGCAAGCCUGUACCCCUGGAGUCACUGGAGGGGAAAGUGCUGGCUGUGGAUGUCAGCGUAUGGCUGCACCAGCUCUCCAAAGGCAUGCGUGAUAGCUCCGGCAACCCUCUGCCAAACGCUCACCUCCACGGACUCUUCACUCGCAUCUGCAAGCUCCUGUACUACCGGAUCAAGCCUGUGUUUGUGUUUGAUGGUGGUGUGCCUGUGCUAAAGAAGCAAACUUUGGCUGCAAGGCGCGGCAAGCGUGAAGAUGCAGAACAAGCAAGCCUCCAGAUGCAGCAGAAGAUUCUGACCAAUCUGAUUCGCAGUCAGGCUCUUCAGGAGGCUUAUGGCAUUGAAAGUGCACUAAUUGUACCUCCAGCAGUGAAGAGCUCUUCAAAGGGAAACAAAGAUGCAAUUUUUGAAUUGCCUCCUCUGCCAGAAUCUUCCAAAAUGUUCCUUUCCCAGAAGAGUGACACAGAUGAUAUGUUUACAGAAAGACAGGAACUACGAGAGAUUGUAGAGGACCAGUUUGGGGACCUACAAUCAAUAGAUGUAGAGUCAGACUGGUUCAAGUCCCUGCCACUGGAACUGCAGCAUGAGAUCAUCACUGACAUACGACUCAGCCGCAAGAACUACAACCUCUCCAAGAUCAUAGAUCUGCCGGAUGAUUCUAAAGAGUUCUCCAGUUUCCAGCUGGCAAAACUCGUCAAACACAACAGACUCAAUACAAGACUUGACAUCUUACGAAAAGAUCUGAACCAGAGGCAGACAAAGUCCUUAGCAACCAAGUAUGGAGCGAAAUUCAGUGACUCCGAUGAAGUCUACUCAUCACGUGUGUUUUCUGAAGAUUAUUCCCAUUAUAUUCUAGCCAAGCGGAAUGCUGCAAUUCAUUUCCAGGGUAAAAGUGUGGAUGAGAAAUCUACUCUCUCCACUGUGAAAGAAGUUGAUGAUGUUAACACUGUUUCUAAACCUGCUAAGGGAUUUGUUGAUGAACUCGUCGAAAGUAAUGAAGAUGACUUUGAAAUCAGGGAAGUUACAUUUCAAGCAAGUCAGUCGGCAACUAGGAAUGAUAAAAGCAGAGGAAAUGGCGAAACAAGCACAAGUGGAAAAGGAAGAGUAGAUGCUAAAAAACAGUUUCCUGCUUCAAAUUACAUGAAAGUAAGACAGAAAAAAGAUAAGUUCAAGCCUAUCAUUGAGAUUGACUCAGGGUCAGAUGAUGAUGAUGAUAUUGGACCGUAUGUUGACAUUACUGAUAAAGCCAAAGAUGCAAUGGACGGUGACUCUGAAGCAGAGGAUCAGGAUAGCGAUCUACAGCUUGCAAUUCAGGAGUCAUUCCAGGAUCAAAGCAGUGGGCUGUGUAGCCUAAUGGGAACUAAUAAAGUCGAUGAACUUGAUCAAAUUUCUGUUACGGGUAAGAGCUCAAAGGCGGUCAUUAUUGUCAAAGAUAUGACUCCUAAAAUCAAGGGAUCAGUUGUUGUUACUGAUGAGGUUUCUCGUGUGGUAAAAGAGUCGAAGAGAGCUGACAAGGGAACAAGGACAGUGUCUGAUGGCAGAAAACCAACCAGAGAUAUCUUUAAGAGGAAAAUCUCCUGCCUUUCUGAUAAGUCUGUAGCCAGUGAUACCGAAGCUAAAAAGAUCAAGGUCAUUGGAGAGUCUGAUGAUGAAGAAUUGGUCGAGGAAAUUCCAAGAGAUGAUGAACUCUCUUUAGACAAGGACUCAGAGUCAGAUGACGAUUUCAUUGAAGUUAAGAUCAACAUGGAUGAAAUUAAAGAGGAUGAGUUGUUCCCAGUCAGCAUUUUUCAGACAAAUAUACCUGACACAGAAGACAGUCCAGCAAUGGACGAUGACAGCGAAAUAAACGUUUUGAACAAAAGUUCAAGAUUGUCUGCCAGAUCUGAGUCAGCAAUUGACAUCAUACCAAACCUGAGGUCUUCAGCCAUUUUAAAACCAGAUAUUGCUGAAAAAUCAUCAGUAAAGAUUCAUUUGAACCAUGAGAAGAAAGAAUCUGUCUUGGAACACUUAGAAAACUCUAGUAAAUCCAAAUCCUCCCUGUCUGAGCAAACAUCAGUGCAAAAUGAUAGGGUACUAGCUAAAGCUGACAUUGGAGUAGAAUCAAUAGCUGAGAGGUCCGAAAGUGUAAUAUCACAGACAAAUAUAGUUGAUGAAAAUGAUGAACCUGACCAAGAGUGUAUUGAACUUGCUGAAGGACAUGUUGAUGAUGUAUGCGAUACUGGAGCAUUGGACGAAAUGGAAAACUCAGACUCGGACAAUGACAUUGUGAAAAGAGUAGAUUCACCUGAAGAUCAUGCUAGUAACCUAAGUGACGAUGAUAUUCAGAAAACAUCUUCAACAGCUGCCCCUCUAAAAUCUGAUCUGGUGAGACAGUAUGAGAGUCUGAGAGAGAAUCGAGUUCGAGCUUUGCGGGACACGAUGACUCAGGAGAACCGUCAGUUACGUCUAGACCAGGGCCGACAGGAGAGACUGGCAGUGUCCAUCACAGAUCAGAUGAACUCUGAGGCACAGGAGUUGCUGCAAUUGUUUGGGAUCCCAUACGUGGUGAGUCCAACAGAGGCAGAGGCUCAGUGUGCGUACCUCGAGAUGGCGGGUCUCACACACGGAACCAUCACAGACGACAGCGACAUAUGGCUGUUUGGCGGGAAAUGCGUCUUCAAGAACUUCUUCAACCAGAAGAAAUAUGUAGAGUGCUUUAAGGAUGUGAACAUAUCCUGUCAGCUGGGCCUGUCCAGGGAGUCUCUAAUCAACCUUGCCCUGCUCUGUGGCAGCGACUACACGCCGGGGAUCAGAGGGGUUGGACCCGUGCUGGGGCUGGAAAUCCUGGCCGAGUUCUUGGGGCCGGGAGUCUCAGGGCUCGGAAAGUUCAGGGAGUGGUGGGACAAUUGUCAGAAGCAGAUCACUGUACCAAAGUACGAGUCGAAACUGCGGGCAAAACUCAGAGAGUUGGAAUUAAGAGAAGAUUUCCCGAGCAGUGUGGUGGUGGAGGCAUAUUUGAAGCCCACAGUGGAUGAAUCCAAGGAGAAAUUCAGCUGGGGCUUUCCUGAUGUCGACCUGUUACGACAAUUCGCUAGUGCAAAGCUUCGUUGGGACAAGGCUAAAACAGAUGAGAAUUUGACUCCAGUCAUUAAAAGACUUGAGGAAAAGCAGGCCCAGAGGAGCAUCAGCUCCUUCUUCCAACCCGAGGUGUUCAUACAGCCCACACGACACAGUAGCAAGAGGGUUCAAAACGUGGUGGAGAAAAUGAAAAACCCGAAACAAGCAACAAGUCCAGAAGAUAUUUCAAAUGACAAUAAUAAAGAUACACAAUCUGAUUGUUUUGACAAUUGUGCUAAUGAAAAUAAGGCCAAGGUGGGAAGAAAUGUAAGAGGAAGGAAGAAAUCAAACACCAAAAAUGAACUGAAACAAGAUACCAGUCCCGAACAUGAUAAGGUAAAUUGUGACACUAAUGUUGAAUUGCUCGAUAAACAGGCCAAAAAAAGACGAAAGAAUACAAGUGAUAUGUCAAAUGGGAAUAAUAACGAUAUACAGUCCGAUGAUUUGGACUGUGGUGCUAGUGAAAAGAAGGCUAAGGUGGAAAGAAAUUUAAGAGGAAGGAAAAACCAGAACACUACAAAGGAAUUAUCUAGUACGAUUGAAGAUAAACAAGCGGAAGAUGAAAGUGCUCUGGUGACCAAUAAAAAGAGAGGAAAGUCAAGAGUUGCUAAAAGUGUAGCUGAAAACCCAAGCAAUGAAAUCAAACUUGUUAAAACUUGCUGUGAGGAAAAUGUUGAGAUAAGUGUUCAGGCGACCAAUAAUAAGAAAGGAAAGUCAACAAUUUCUAGAAGCAUAGCUGACAAUCCAAGAAAAGAAAUUAAACUUGUUAACAGUGGCUGUGAGGAAAUUACUGACAUAAGUAAAAGAGCCAUUAAUUAUUCCUCAGGUAGUUCAAUUGACUCUGACAGUGAUUCCAACACAGAAUCUGACUUGACAGACGAUUCUGAAUCUGAAUUCUCGGUAGUUACUUCAGGAUUGAACAUAGAAGAAAUUUUGAGUCUUAAAAUGGGGGAUAGUUGUGAUGAUCCAUCCCUUGCAGACAAAGACCGUAUGGUGAUAAAUAGAAAUAAACUGGAUUUAAAUCAAGAAAAAGUGUUUGAAGCCAAGUUCAAUGUGGAGGAUAUAUUAAGACUAAAACCAGGGAAUUGUGCAUCAGAUAAUGACAUGGAAUCUGAUCUGUAUACUUAUGAAGAUGCGGUCAGUAUCUUAUCUGAAGCUAAGAUAGAUACAAACACAAAUGGAAAUGUAAAAGAACCUUCUGAUGAUGAUGAAAAUGGUGUGGAACAGGGAAAUGAUAUUACUAAAGGUGAAAUCAGGAAUAUUAUUGAUUACUCAAAUGAAGGUGGUUUUAUAAGGGAAGAAAUCAAUAUAGAUGAAAAUGUUCUGGAAAAUACAAGUAAUAUGGGUAAUACUGGUAAACAUGUGACAAAGAAAGGCAUAUCCUCUAAAUUGAACAAAGAAGAUGUAAAAAGAACAAAUCUGGAAGGAAUGGACAAAGUUGAUUUAUCAGUGCAGUCAAACAAACAAACGGAUAAAAUUGCAUGUGAAAAACAAAAUACGGAUGCUUCAAAUGGAGACCAAAAAUUGAAAGAAGAAUCAGAAAGCAUCAAGAGGAACAACAGACCACAACGGGCCACUAAGAAACCAUCAAUAUAUUCUGAGAAUCCUAUCAAACCAGUUGUAAAAGGAGUGCCAUGGGCAGACACUGGGAAGAAGACAAAAAAGGGGGCGUCAUCAAAAGGAAAAACAAAGGGAAUUUUGAUGAAGAAAAUACCGGUUGAACUUCUUUCACAUAGUGCUUCAAAGGCUCAGAAGUCCAAAAGUGACAUAGGAUUCUGUAACUUGUCAGAGAGUGAUUCAGAUUGAAUACUAAUUUAUCACAUGCUAUACCCUGUUUCUCAUGUAAUACAACCAUUACAUAUUUUUUAUUCCCCCUUUUCGAAGAAAAGAUGGCAUAUAGUGAUCUGACUGUCCGUCUGUCUGUCUUUCCGUCACACUUUGCGUUUAGGUUUUGAAAAAUGCUCAUAACUAAUAUGUCCCUUGAGAUAUAACUUUCAUAUUUGGAAUGCAUGUGUAUAUGGACAAGGCCUUUCCAUACGCACAAAAAUUUUACCCCUGUGACCUUGACCUUGAACUUAGGGUCCGCGUUUAGGUUUCGAAAUCUGCGUUUAGGUUUCGAAAAAUGCUCAUAACUUCUAUGUCCCUUGAGAUAUAACCUUCAUAUUUGGUAUGAAUGUGUAUAUGGACAAGGCCUUUUCAUACGCACACAAAAAUUUACCCCUGUGACCUUGACCUUGAACUUAGGGUCCGCGUUUAGGUUUCGAAAUCUACGUUUAGGUUUUGAAAAAUGCUCAUAACUUCUAUGUCCCUUGAGAUAUUACCUUCAUAUUUGGUAUGCAUGUGCAUAUGGACAAGGCCUUUCCAUACGCACAAAAUAGUCGACCCCUGUGACCUUGAACUUAGGGUCCGCGUUUAGGUUUCGAAAUCUGUGUUUAGGUUUCGAAAAAAGCUCAUAACUUCUAUCAAGCGUUUAUAGGGGGCAUAAGUCAUCCUAUGGUGACAGCCCUUGUUUAUAUUACACAUGUGUAAUACAACAUUUUUAAGCCUUUUCAUUGGCUUAGUUUUCGUUUAUUGACCAAUCGCAUUUUGUUAUUUUGCUGAAAUGACGUUGCAAGGUCAAAAGACGUCACAAAAUGUAAACAGCAUAAGUGAUUUAUCAUUAUGUUUGCGUAAAUAUUUAUUUAAUUUGCUCAUUUAAAAGCAUGUGAUAAAAAAGAUCUGACACUCGUCAUAUCAUACUGUAUUUUAUUAAACUUGUCCAGGAAAUUCGUUAGUAAGCUUGCCAAAGGCUCGCUUACUAACAAAAUUCCUGAACUAGUUUAAUAAAAUAUGGUAUGAUAUGACAACUCGUGCAGCUGCUAGAUCCUAAAUGUAUAUGAAAGAAAUUAACAAAAUGAAACGAUUUUGCAUGCAAAACGAGUUGCACUUUAUUUCAUUCUUUAAAUGUUUUAAAUUUCAUCUGUCGGUGAUAUUUUUUCUGUUAGUGAACACAUUCCUUUAUCAAUUACACUGUAUUUGUCAGUUUACAUGAUGAACAUGAUUGAAACAUUUUUUUUUAAAGAAAUUAUAUUUGUAUUGUAUUCAUCUGGGAUAAAUUUUAUUUCAUGAGUCAGUUUACAAAAUUAAUGGUUCAAAUAACUAUAUUUUAUAUUGCUUCUUAUUUCGUGCUGUUAAUGAACUUUAGUGCUUAAGUUUUCAACUGUGAUAUUCAUGAUCAACACAUCAGAUUUAAUAUAUAUAGAAUUGUUGAAUAAAUAACUUCUGUAGAUA